AUGGUGUGUGAUGAUGACUUCACCACAUUCAGUCGCGCUUGGUGCCUCUAUGAGGCGAUGCGUGCCCUUCAACUCGGUCUUCCCCUUGACCUGACAACGCCUGCGGGGUGUGUCACACAAUCAGCAGGUCACCUGGGCCUCAGGAACACAUUCCAGAAGCUUGGGCAGAAACUGCUGGAGAUAGACGUUGCGAAGGCAGAAACCUUAAGAAGGACAUACAGAGCCAUGAUCCUGCAGGAGAUUCAGCUAGUUGUUGGACAUGAGCAGCUGAACUUGUACCUCCGUUCUUUCUUUGGAGAGAAGCUUCGGAAGCUCGUCGAGCGGCCAGAGCAGGAAGGUGUGUGUGUCAAUGCUCGUGUUUCGUUUCAACUCGAGAUUGCCAGGUAUGAAGCCCGCAGAGUGUCAUGGCAUGGACGUACGGCGUUGCACUCAAAGGUGCAAUCGUGCGACAAGACUGAACUCCAACUGCAUCUCCGUCACAUGGGACUAGCAGCUGAGGGAGAUUUGAACGAAGUGGACGAUCAGGGUAGGACCCCACUUCACUAUGCCAUGCGUUUCAAUCCCCAUGCAAACGACGUUGUGGAGGUUCUCUUGAAUGCCCGUGCAGAAGUAGCCACAGACGAGCACUACGUACAGCCCUUGCACUGGGCAGCAGCUGCUGGUCAGAUAGAUGCUGUGCAGAUGUUGAGCUCUUUGGACUCUAUUGCAGCCAAGGACGACAUGGGCCUUACGCCUCUUCAUUGGGCAGCCAUGCAUGGACAAACCACCACCUUAAAAUUCCUCAUCGACCAGAGGGCUUCGAUCAAUGUGCCUGCACAAGGUGCACUUGGCCGGACGCCGCUGCUUCUGGCAGCGGCAGCUGGCGAAGAGGAGGUUGUCAUCAAGUUGCUGGACCACCAAGCCAAGCUGACCACUGCAAAGAAUGGAGUUUCCCUUCUACAUGAGGCGGCGAAGCAUGGCGCGGCCAACGUGUUGAAGAGAUCUUUGCAAUCCUUCAGCCCAGAGGACUUGAACCGAGCCACACCGGAGGGCCUUCUACCCGCUCUUCACCUGUUGUGCAUGUAUGGUGCGGGAGCAAGUGAGGAGGGUGGCCCGAACCGGCUUGAAGCGCUGCGCCUGUUGCUGGAGCACCGCGCCGACCUUGAAGCAAGAGACUCACAAGGCCGCACACCCUUGCACAGAGCUGCAAGCGCCGGAGCUUCUGAGCUCCUGGAGCUCUUGUGCGCCCAGUUGCUGGAGCGAAACUGCUCCUUGGAUCCAGUUGCGACAGACGGAACUACGCCACUUCAUGCGGCAGCGCGCCGCAACCAUCAGUCAGUGGUGAGUUGCCUGAUCCAAAGACGUGCCGAGGUGAAUAAGCAGAACAAGGAGGAUAGAAGUAGAACAGCUCUUCACAUGGCGGCCGAGGUGAAAGCAUAUGAAGCAGCAAAGACACUGCUCAAUCACGGGGCCGACCAUGCACUCCAGGACACCAACCAAACUGAUGCACAAGCUGUAGCCAAGGAAGCCGGUUACGAUCUUCUCGCAUUGAUCCAAUAA